CGACGCGGCGCCUUCUGAGUUCCUCCUGCGCAUGUCCCGCUCCCACACCGCUCCCCCUCUCCAGUUUGGGCUCAAGUUUCUUUCUCCCCUGCUGGGGUCGGAUCUCUGAGUAAAGAAGGAAAUGCUGUCAUUCAGGGAUGUGGCCAUUGAUUUCUCUGCAGAGGAGCGUGAAUGCUUGGGCAGGGAUCAGUGGAGUCUGUACAGGAAUGUAAUGCUGGAGAAUUACAGCCACCUCGUGUACCUGGGCCUUUCUUUCUCUAAGCCAUUACUGGUCAGGUUUCUGGAGAAAAACCCAGAGCUUCGGAAUGUGAAGAGGCAAGGGCCCCCAGGAAAGAAACCCCAUAAAUGUAAAGAAUGUGGCAAAGCCUUCGCUAAGAACUCAAUUCUUACUCAUCAUCUGAGAAUUCACACCGGAGAAAAACCCUAUAAGUGUGACAUCUGUGGCAAGGCCUUUUCUUUGCCCUCCAUACUUAAUAACCACCAGAAAAUUCACACUGGAGAGAAGCCUUACAAGUGUGACAUAUGUGGCAAGGCCUUUUCUAUGCUUUCCACACUUAGUAACCACCAUAAUAUUCACACUGGAGAGAAGCCCUAUAAGUGUGACGUAUGUGGCAAGGCCUUUUCUAUGCCUUCUACACUCACUAACCACCAGAAAAUUCAUACUGGCCAGAAACCAUAUGAGUGUGAAGUAUGUGGCAAAAAGUUUUCCAGUCCUGCAGAUUUUACAAAACACCAAAGAGUUCAUACUGGAGAGAAACCUUACAAGUGUGGAGAAUGUAAAAAACCCUUCAGUAAUCUUUCGGCCCUUAGCAGACACAAAGUUGUUCAUACUGGAGAGAAGCGUUAUACCUGUGAAAAAUGUGGCAAAGCCUAUAGUAGGAGUCACCACCUUAGUCGACACAAGAAAGCUCACACCGGACAGAAAUCCUACACAUGCAAAGAAUGUGGCAAAAUGUUUUACUAUUCUUCAGAUCUUAGAAGACAUCAAAGAAUUCAUUCUGAAGAGAGACCCUACGAGUGUGAGGAGUGUGGCAAAGCCUUUCCCAGUCCUUCCGACGUUUCUCAGCAUGCAAGGACCCAUAAGAGAACCAAGCAGUACACCUGUGAAGAAUGCGGUGAGUGCUUCACUAUUCAAACGACAUUCUCUAACCUCCGGAAAAUUCACUGUACCAAAAAUAAUUUUUUUAAUAGCAAAGAAUGUGGCAUUACCCUUCCUUUGAACUCACAACCCAUUAACCACCAGAAAAUUAAUUUAAGCAUUAAGCCCUAUAAGUGUGAAGAAUGUGGUAAGGCCUUCCGUUUUCCAUCCUUUCUUGGUGUACACAAGAGAAGUCAUACAGGAGAGAAACCCUUCAAGUGUGAAGUCUGUGGCAAAUCCUUCUAUGUCCCGUCACCACUUUCUGAACACAAGAGAAUCCAUACAGGAGAGAAGCCCUACACAUGUGAAGUAUGUGGCAAGGCCUUCCAUGCUGCAUCAUUACUUUAUAAACACAAAAGAAUUCAUACAGGAGUGAAACCCUUUAAAUGUGAAGUAUGUGGCAAGGCCUUCUAUGUUCAAUCACGACUUACUGAACACAGGAGAACUCAUACAGGAGAGAAACCCUACACAUGUGAAGUAUGUGGCAAGGUCUUUCAUGCUUCAUCAUUACUUAAAGUACAUGAGAGAAUUCAUACAGGAGACAGACCCUACAAGUGUGAACUGUGUGAAAAAGCCUUCUAUAUUCCAUCACGACUAUCUAUACACAUGAGGAUCCAUACAGGAGAGAAACCUUACAAGUGUGAAGUAUGUGGCAAGGCCUUCAAUCGCCUAUCAGGAUAUUCUGUACACAAGAGAAUUCAUACAGGAGAGAAACCCUACAAGUGUCAACUAUGUGACAAGGCCUUCUAUGUUUCAUCACAACGUUCUGUACACAUGAGGAUUCACACAGGAGAGAAACCCUACAAGUGUGAAGUAUGUGGCCAGGCCUUCAUUCGUCCAUCAGGACUUUCUAUACACAAGAAUAUUCACACAGGAGAGAAACCCUACAAGUGUGAAGUAUGUGGCCAGGCCUUCGUUCGUCCAUCAGGACUUUCUAUACACAAGAAAAUUCACAUAGGACAGAAACCCUAAAUGUGUGAAGUAUGUGGCAAGGCCUUCAGUUAUUCACCAGGACUGUCUGUACACAGGAGCGUUCAUACAGGAGAGAAACCCUACAAGUCUGAAGUAUGUAGCAAAGCCUUCCAUUUUUCGUCACUACUUGCAAUACACAAGAGCAGUCAUGCAGGAGAGAAGCCUAGAAAUGUGAAAUGUGUUGAAAGAUUCAUUCUGCUCACUUGAUAAUCCAUUCUGGAAAGAAACACACAGCACAAAUUAACUCACACUGGAAAGAAACAGUACAAAUGUGAAGAGUGGCAAACUGUACAAAUAUGCAAGUAUUCCUUAUAUUUAAAGAAUUUUAAAAAAUUCAUUCUGGAGAGAAACCCUACAAGUAUAAAGACUGGCAAGGACUUUAGACUUUAUCCAACACGUUCUAUACACCAGACUAGUCACAUUGGAGGGAAACAUUACUAGUUGGAGAAUGGCAAGACCAGGUCUUAAACAACAGCUAAGAAAUCAUUUGAGAGAGAAGCCUUGUGAAGAAUGUGCCAAGGUCGCUUGCACCUUUUGAAACACCUGAUAAUUCAUACUGAAGAGAAAUGCCCCUAGUGUCAAAAAUGUUAAAAACCCUUUAAUAAAAUUUCUAGUGUUUCUCAACUCA